AUGAAGGCGGUCUUCAAGUACUCCUGGUUGGGUGCCGUAGUGGCCGGGACUGUGGUCUUUGUGGGUGGUUUGGUGGGCGGUCCACCAGGAAUAGCCGUUGGGGGAGCCGUCGGGGGUCUGUUAGGUGCAUGGAUGACGAGUGGAAAGUUUAAGCCAGUUCCUCAGAUCAUAAUGGAGCUACCGGCUGACGAACAGGGGAGGCUGUUUAUCAAUGCCAUUGCCAUCAUUAGGCAGCUGCCUUGGACGAAUGUCGAGCAGCUGACCAUGCGGCUCAUGGGCAGUAAGACCCUGCAGGAGCAGCUGGUGGAUAUGCUGAAAAACUAUUUCAGCAAGGAGCUGGGAUCAGAAGUGAAGCAGCACAAGUAG